UAGUCAAGGUGCCCCUCCUUCAACAAGGAAGGGGUUACUAUUCCACUCUGUUUGUGGUGUCGAAACCGGACGGUUCGGUGAGACCCAUUUUAAAUUUGAAAUCCUUGAACACAUACAUAACGAAAUUCAAGUUCAAGAUGGAAUCGCUCAGGGCGGUUAUUGCAAGCCUGGACGAGGGGGAUUACAUGGUAUCCCUGGACAUCAAGGAUGCUUACCUGCAUGUUCCCAUUUACCAUCCUCACCUGGAGUACCUCAGAUUUGUGGUACAGGACUGUCACUACCAGUUCCAGACGCUGCCGUUUGGACUGUCCACCGCACCAAGGGUGUUUACGAAGAGUUGAUAACAUUGGACACAACACAUUUCAGUGGAGGAGUCGGGAGAGGAGGUGACGGUGACCGGCAGUGAGGUAACAUAAAGCGCUGGAGUCCCACUAAGAAUAGAAGACAAGGCUGCAGAAAGAGACGGGAAAGGAAUCUUGUUCCCUGAUCUAGAAAACUAAAGAUAAGAAGAAAUUAUAAGCUUCUGAAUGGUUCAAAGAAAGAUUUUCAUUUUAUGAAUAGAAGUUUUUAUCCAUUACAUGAUGAGUCUCACAGGAGAGAGACCACAUCUGUGCUCUGAGUGUGACAGAAGCUUUACAUGUAAAUCACAUCUUAUCAGACAUCAGAGGAUUCACACUGGAGAGAGACCAUAUCUGUGCUCUGAGUGUGACAGAAGCUUUACAUGUAAAUCAUAUCUUCUCAUACAUCAGAGGAGUCACACAGGAGAGAGACCACAUCUAUGCUCUGAGUGUGACACAAGCUUUACAUAUAAAUCAAAACUUAUCAUACAUCAGAGGAGUCACACAGGAGAGAGACCAUUUAUUUGUUCUGAAUGCAGCAAGUGUUUUUCCCAGAAGUCAUGUCUUCUUAUACAUCAGAGGAGUCACACAGAAGAGAAACCAUUUAUAUGUUCUGAAUGCAGCAAGUGUUUCUCCCAGAAGUCACAUCUUAUCAUGCAUCAGAGGAGUCACACAGGAGAGAAACCACAUCUGUGCUCUGAGUGUGACAGAAGCUUUACAUGUAAAUCACAUCUUAUCAUACAUCAGAGGAGUCACACAGGAGAGAAACCGCAUCUGUGCUCUGAGUGUUACAAAAGCUUUACAUGUAAAUCACAUCUUAUCAUACAUCAGAGGAGUCACACAGGAGAGAAACCACAUCUGUGCUCUGAGUGUGACAGAAGCUUUACAUGUAAAUCAUAUCUUCUCACACAUCAGAGGAGUCACACAGGAGAGAAACCUUUUGAAUGUUCUGAAUGCAGCAAGUGUUUUUCCCGGAAGGCACAUCUUGUUAUACAUCAGAGGAGUCACAGAGUAAAGAAACCAUUUGAAUGUUCUGAAUGUAGCAAGUGUUUUUCCCAGAAGUCAGAGCUUGUUAUACAUCAGAGGAGUCACACAGGAGAGAAACCAUUUAAAUGUUCUGAAUGCAGCAAGUGUUUUUCCCAUAAGUCACAUCUUGUUAUACAUCAGAGGAGUCACACAGGAGAGAAACCAUUUAAAUGUUCUGAAUGCAGCAAGUGUUUUUCCCAUAAGUCAUAUCUUGUUAUACAUCAGAGGAGUCACACAGGAGAGAAACCAUUUGUAUGUUCUGAAUGCAGCAAGGGUUUUUCCCAGAAGUCAGAGCUUGUUAUACAUCAGAGGAGUCACACAGGAGAGAAACCAUUUAAAUGUUCUGAAUGCAGAAAGUGUUUUUCCCAUAAGUCAUAUCUUGUUAUACAUCAGAGGAAUCACACAGGAGAGAAACCAUUUACAUGUUCUGAAUGCAGCAAGUGUUUUUCCCGGAAGUCAAUUCUUAUUAGACAUCGGAGGAGUCACACAGGAGACAAACCAUUUACAUGUUCUGAAUGCAGCAAAUGUUUUUCCCAUAAGUCACAUCUUGUUACACAUCUGAGGAGUCACACAGGAGAGAAACCAUUUAUAUGUUCUGAGUGCAGCAAAUGUUUUUCCCAUAAGGCAUCUCUUGUUAUACAUCAGGGGAGUCACACAGGAGAGAAACCUUUUAAAUGUUCUGAAUGCAGCAAGUGUUUUUCCCGGAAGUCAUAUCUUGUUAUACACCAGUGGCGUCACACAGGAGAGAAACCAUUUACAUGCUCUGAAUGUAGCAAGUGUUUUACUAAAAAGAAAACACUCAGUAAUCACAUGCGGAGUCACUCUGAGGGCCCGAGUGCAGCAUGUGUAUCAUAAGUAAUGUAACUUAUCACAACUGUAUGAAUUCAAUGGAACCAAUAUUUAUUUUCUGAAUGUGAAGUGUUUUAUAUAAAUGACUGUUGAUAAAGACAGGAGAGGUCAGACAAGUGGACCUGGAGGUACUUUUCCCCUUGGGAAGGUCUCUGUGUUAGGAACUAGAGCUGCAGUAUAACAAUAGCCAAUGACCGUGGGACUGCCAUUACUGAGCUCUGUAAUAUACAGCUGUUCUGCUCAUGCAGGUGCUGGGACUAGUAGAGAGUUCCAGCAGCUCCUCUCAGUACUGGGAUUCCUUCUCUGACCAGCAGGGCUAUGAGUACUGGGUAUUUCUACAGGAACAAUGUAUGCUGCUUUGUUUCACCGUAUGGGUUAUUGUACGGGGUGUUAUUUUUAACCACUUUUUAGAUGCCAUUUUGUCCAUGUUUAACUCCAUUUUGUAUAUGUAUGACCUCUUUGAUUUAAAUACUGUACAUUUUAUUAGGAUUAGUGCUUUGCAGACAUAUAGGCACCAGUUAGAAAUAAAGUCUCACGUUAAGUUGCAAGUUUUCUUUCACCUUUGACAUAGUGUGAAAGACAUAGUGAGUGGGAAGUGUAUACAGCUUUUAGGAUGGCUGAUUAUAAUAUAUGUUCCUGUUAUCAGUAUCUCAGAUGGAAACGGUCUAGUAAGAUGUUUGGGGUAUUGUGUACAUAAGUAGGGGAAAGGGUACAGUUGUCUAGAAUAGCAUAAAUUAUGUUAUCCUGAAUGACUACUGCACCCAGCGUCACAGACCCUGAAUGUAAUAUCUGGUAAGACAAUGUUAGCGUAUCCUUGCAGGGUUAUAAAGCCUAGAGACUUGCGCAUAGCAUGUAGUUCUGAUGGAAGCUAGGUAUGGCUGCAGCGGACCUAGACUUCUACAAACCCCCUCCAGCUUGUAACUUGCGACAAAGUUAUUAGGCGGGACCCUAGAGAAUGACUGAACUACAUUAUUUAAACUACUUAAUCGAUGACCAUCAUCUGGGACAGAUCUUAUAACAUCUGGGAAAAGUGCUGAGUGUUCUAAUUUGUUCUUGUUAUUAUUGUAACUGACUAGAAUUUGUUACUUGCAUGUUUUC